AUGCUGACGUUUGACUCGAAGUCGUAUUUGAAGAACCGGUGGAAGGUGUCGCAAGUGAAAAUCGACACAAACUUGAAGCUGAAGGGCCAACCUGUGGACAGGCGCAAGUUCGAACUCUACUCGCAUGAGGUGAACGCGUACUACAGCCACAGCAAGAACCAAAUUGCCGCCCAGAACUUUGGUACCAUCGGGAUGGUCAUCGAACAUGAAAUUUCCCACGGGUUCGACAACCGAGGCCGCAAUUACGAUGGCGACGGCAACUUGAAACAGUGGUGGUCGAACGCCACCACCGAUGCGUUCAAGACUAAAGCCCAGUGCAUUAGCGACCAGUACAACAACUUUGUCUCAAAGAGCGAAGUGACUGGCGCUGUGUUGGGCAACGACAGCAGCAAUAUCACUUUGUGCGAAAACAUUGCGGACAACGGGGGGCUCAAGACCAGCGACAAGUUGUUCUAUUUGUCGUUCGCCCAAACCUGGUGCUCCAAGAACACGGAUGAGUUCCUCCGCGCGUCUUUCAAGACGAAGUACCCACCCAAACGGUUCCGCGUGACAGGGGCGUUGCAAAACAAUGCUGAGUUUGCCCGUGUGUUCCAGUGCCCCACCGAGUCGUACAUGAACCCUUCCAAGAAGUGCUUGUUGUGGGAAUAG